AUGUCAACAGAUACCGUAAAGAAGAAGCAGCUCGUCAACUUUAUCAGCGAUGAGGAUGUGCCGCCAUCAGAGCCUUUCGAUACACCGGCAGUACACCAGUGUGUACGCAAUACAUGGCGCGUGACGCUUAAACCAAACGAAAGCUCAGAUCCACUGCAAGGCUAUGUCGAUGGUUUCAAGGUCGCGCACCCACACCCCAUCUGA